AUGGGAAAUGCUAGCGGCUGCUCGGACAACACCAUGCAGUCGGUGGAGAUGCACAUCUGGUACAAGAAGUUCAUGAUGGAGUGCCCCUCGGGACAGCUGAUGCUGCACGAGUUCAAGCAGUUCUUCGGGCUGUGUGGACUGGAGCCCGACGCCAAUGCCUACAUCGAGGAGAUGUUCUACACCUUUGACAUGAACAAGGAUGGCUACUUAGACUUCAUGGAGUACGUAGCGGCCCUCAGCCUGGUCAUGCGGGGGAAGAUGGAACACAAGCUGCGCUGGUAUUUCAAGCUGUAUGACGUGGACGGCAACGGCUGCAUCGAUCGGGAGGAGCUGCUUAACAUUGUGAUGGCAAUCCACGUAGUCCGUGGAAGUGAGAAGGACCAGGAUUAUGUAGAAGAGUUCACCAACCGAGUAUUUGACAGGAUCGACAUCAACGGAGAUGGGGAGCUGUCGCUCGUAGAGUUUAUUAGAGGGGCACAAGAAGACAAGGACUUCACGGAGGUGAUGAUGAAGAGUCUGGAUCUCUCGCACAUCACACGCGUAAUCCAGAACCGCCGGGGCAACACGAAGACUCCACUCACACACCUGGUCCACACACCUGGACCUCAGUGUCCAUCCUGCCCUGCCCAGACGUCAUUGAGUCCUACAGUGUGAAAAAAUGUGAUCGAUCCCACAAGCUGGAAAACAACUUUGAAGUAAAUUUUGGCAUGCACAGGACCACUGCGGCUGGAAAAAGCUAGCAGGUCAGGUUGCAUAAGUGGAGGAUGGUACAACCAAAAAAAAAAGAAAACAAAAAAAACAUGGCCACCAUAGGAAC